CUUUAGAGGCCCAGAACGUCAAGCUGUCCCAGGAUUUGUCAUCCAUCCAGCACAUGCCUCCUCCGACCUCCUGUCCUGACAUCAGCACGGCCCCAGUCAAAAAUCAUCUCACACCGGAGCUCCAACAGGCUAUGGAAAAAUGGCUCUCUGACCACAUCAAGGAGCAGGAUGCGAUCAGGCUGGCUGACAAAGGAAUCUGCACAAAGUGUGAGCGUCCCAUGGCUGAUAAAAUGGCUGACUUUGCUCUGGAGACUCAAGGUGCCAGUGUUGUCAGCACCAGGUGUUCAGAGACAUAUCGUAUACGUUCAGCAUGCGUGACCAUAUUUGGUUUUCCUCUUUGGUAUCCAUCUGAAAGCCCCCGCACUGUCAUCCAGGGUUACCCUGUCCUGCUGCCAGGAAAAUGUUGGGCGUUCCACGGUGUCCAGGGCACGCUUGUCAUCUCUCUCUCACACCCCAUCAGGGUAACUCAUGUGACUCUGGACCACUUGCCUCGCUACAACUCCCCCACCGGCCGCAUCGACUCUGCACCCAAAGACUUUGAAGUCUAUGGGAUGAAAAAUGACACAGAAGAAGGAACGCUCCUUGGGACGUUCACCUACGAUGAAAACGGAGAGUCAACUCAGACUUUUGAGCUGCUUAAGCCGAGCGACACGGUUUAUCGGUUCGUUGAGCUGCGAGUUCUCAGUAACUGGGGUCACAUCGAAUAUACAUGUCUUUACCGCUUCCGCGUUCAUGGGAAGAUCGCCUCGACAUGAGUGUCUUUCACAUUUAAUGUCUGCUUAAGAACAAAAAUAACU